GUACCCGAAUUGAUGGGUAUAUAAUAUUAUGUCAAUUAUUACGAGUGGGUAGUCACCUGUCACGUAAACAAAGGCUCCAGAUUAAAAUUCAUUUAAAAAUACUUAAAGUUUUUCUAUAUCUUAAAAAGUGUUAGAAAUCGUUCAAUACUAUAUUAACUAAUACACAUUAGUAUUAGCAACGAUUAAAUUCGAUCCCAGUGAAAAAAACAAACGAUAUAUAAAUGAAAGAGUGCUAUCGUAAAAUAUUGAACGUAUUAAAAAAAAUAGUAUUAAGGUGUUCAUUAUUGCAGAAAACUGUUACUGCUCUAUACUGUGGAUCUGAAAAAAUAAAUAAAUAAAAAUACCCUACUUGAAAUCGAAAAUAUUUUUCAACGGCACAAGACAGAAUCGUCGCUAUGGAACAGUGGUAGCAUUGAUAAGAUUGCAGUUUGUUAACUCUGUGUCCGAAGGUUUGAAUCCACACGUGUAUGAGACCUUUUUGUUAUUCAUAGUAUAUACGGAAAUUGUCUACAUGUAAAAAAUUUCUUCAGAAGAUUAUAUAGAUAUUAAAUACUAAUAUAAAAAACAUCCUAAUAAAAGAUGGACGAAGAAUUCAUUACAAUGAGACGACAGCGUAGUAAUUCGUUACCUUAUUUAGAUUUAUCAAAUAUCACCGUAAGAAGCGCUCCAAAUGCCUCAUUAGAAGACAGUGAAGAAACGGCUGAAUUGAAACAACAGAUAGAAGCACUCAAUAUUGAACUAAAAUCAGCUCAUACUGAAAUAGAAAAUUUACUCUUGGAGAAUAAACAAUUAACAUUGCAACUACAAUCAAAGGAUAAAAUCAAUAAAUUAUAUAAGGAAAUAGAAUCGGGAACAAGCACACCAAUUUCAAAAAGAAAACAUUCAAUUAAAUCGAAUAUCACAUCGUAUAAUAUGCUAGAAGCUAGCCGAUAUAUAUUAGACAUAAAUAAGAAAUUAUGUACCAAUAUACCAAGAAAAUUAUUACAUACAGAAUGCACAUCGCCUAAGUUAAAGAAUCAGGACUCCAAUAUCUGUAAUAAUAUAAAUAUAUUGAAAUCAUUACCAAACUGUGCGGAUACAUGUAAAGAUAAUCCAGAAAGCAAUAUAUCCGCUUCUGUCUCUCCUUCUGUCCUAUUAACUACUACAAAGAAAAAAUUAAAUGUAGAAUCGAUCCAGCAGAAAAAAGUAAUUAUUAUGGCUGAUGAACAAGGAAGAGGACUGCGACAAAAAAUGCAAAAUUUGUUAGGAUCACAAUACAAAGUACAUUGCACUUUUAAACCAGGAGCACGUUUGAGUGAUAUAAUUGGUCAGAAAGUACAAUCUCAGAACUCUUUGACGGAAAAUGAUUAUAUAAUUGUUUUGGGUGGUAUACAUGAUAAGAAUCCAUAUGAAUGCAUAUCGUACUUGUAUUGUUUUUUAAAUAAUUUAAAAUGUAAAGCUAAUGUAUUAAUAGGAGAAAUACCAAAAAAUUUUGUGUUAAAUGAACGUAAACUAAAUAGUAACCUAAAAAUGAUUUGUAACCAAUUUAAAAAUGUAACUUUCAUUAACAUGGACUUCAGUAGAUAUUUGCCAUACAAAAAUUAUUUUACAACGCAUAUUAGCCAAAGAUUGCUUAAAGAUAUAUUGAUGAUUGACUAUAAAAUUAAAUAUAAUAUAUAUAUGCAAAAAAGCAAAAAUAACAUAAGUUCACAAUAUAAAAAUACAUUGACCAGAACAUCUGUAUCUCAGUCCACUCAGACGGAGACAGAAUAUGUGAUACAGGCCACGCAAGCAGGAGUUGAAUAUCAAAAUGAAAAUGAAAAUUCAGAUACUUGUUUUCGUCUUUAAUACGCGUAAUAAAGGUUUAACUGCAUGCGCUCCUACAAACAUAUUUUAUCAAAAUGUUUGUGGUCUUAGAACGAAAUUGGAUCAAUUGGAGUUAUAUUUCGAAAUGCUUCCUAAUUCACCUGAUUACGUUUGUAUUUCCGAACAUUUUUUAAAAAUGGAUUCUCUAACUUCAAUAAAUUUUACGAAGUAUGAUUUAAAAUCAUGUUAUUCUAGAAUUAAUAAAAAGAGAGGCGGCACUCUAAUAUUAGUUAAUAAGAACAGACAAGCAAAAAAUAUUGUUGCUUGUGAAAAAUUCAGUGAUGAAAGGCAUUUUGAAAUAUGUGGAGUUCAGGAUUCUAGCACAGGGAUAAAUUAUUUUUGUUGUUAUCAAAAUGGUUCUAACGUUGACACUUUUAUUGAAAAAUUUGAAUUAUUUUUACAGUAUUACUUUGAUAAGAAAUGUAUAAUAUGUGGUGACUUCAAUAUUGACUUAGCAAAAGAAAGUAAAAUGAAAGUUGACUUUAUAAACUUAAUCAAAUCGUAUAAUUUUAGAUAUCUUAUUAAUGACAUCACAUAUGUGAGAAAUGAAUCCCACUCAUGUAUUGAUAAUCUAUUAACAAACCUAUCAGACAAUUCAUUUACUAACACUACAGUAGAUUAUAAUGGACUUUCAGACGGGCAUGCAGCUAUCAUGACUCAAGUCUUAUCAGAAAAUUUUAACCAAGAAAAAUGGAAGCAAAAAUAUAUAAGCGUUGAAAAAAGA